AUGAAUUACGUGCGCGUCGUUAGCCUUUUUGUUCUAUUAAUUUCUUUCAAAUUAUUAAUCGUUGAUUCAAAAAGUGUAGAUGGUCGUAUAUUUGGUGGUACUAACGCUGAUUCCAACAAUUCACCAUUUAUUGUAUCUUUUCGUUAUAAAGGAUUAAUCUAUUGUGCCGGGAGCAUUUUAAAUAAUAACUGGGUGAUAACGGCAGCUCAUUGCCUUAGUUCUGAACCACAAGUAUAUAAAACUUCUUUAAUAGCAGGCAGCAUUUAUGCAAACCAAACCGAAAACUCCAGUCAACAAAGGACUAUUGACCGUUAUGUUGUAAAUGAUUUGUACUUAGGAGAUACCAAACCUUACGAUGUUGGUCUUGUGUACACUAAAAUUGGCUUUAAAUGGACCGCAACUGUGGCCUCAAUUGCAUUGCCUUCAAAGAAUGUAAUACCUACCGGUAAUGCAAUUGUGUAUGGUUGGGGAAGCACUUCUAAUACAAAUACUGAAAUCUUUCCGAAUAUUUUACAAAUGGCUGAAGUUAAGAUUAUUUCAAUGAAAGCGUGUGAAAAUGCUUUAGAAUAUCAGGCCAGUGAUCUGCAUUCAACUAAUUUAUGUACUGGUCCCUUGACCGAAGGAAAAGGAAUAUGCUCAUCCGAUUCUGGCGGACCGCUAGUACAAAAAUUAAACGGCAAAAAUAUUCUAAUCGGGAUUGUAUCAUGGGCUGAAAUACCCUGUGGACGAAAGAAUUCACCUUCAGUGUAUGUUCGAGUAUCAUCACUUAUAACCUGGAUUUCCCAAAAUCAAAAAAUACCAAAGAACAAAAAAUUUGCUAUAAAUAAAUAGAAGCUUUUAGUAUUACUAUAAUGAACUUAGUCCAUAAAAUAUAUGCUUAAUUUAAGUGGAAAAAAGGAUAUUCACGCCGGGCUAUAAUCUCCGUUUUUAGCGGGAAAAACUAGUACAGUCGUUUUAACAUGAAGUUUUUUUACACAGGUCUAUCGAAUAUUUUUGCAAUUUCUGACAAUACUAAAAAUGCAACAGGAUAUAUUAAAAGACUUCGAUGUACUACACAGCGGAUAAAAACAUAUUUAAGAUCCGCGACUUGACAAGGAUGAUUAGGAUAAGUAUACCAGACAAAUAUAAUUAACCUGGGCACGAAGACUAAAACGUUAACGCGCUCUUAUCUCAUCAUACAUUAAAAAGAUAUACGAAAGACAAGAAAAAGACGAUCAAUUUCAAGUUCAAAAGUUAUUUUUGAAUUUUUUUUACAUUAUAUUAUCUUAAAUCCUUUCUACACUUCGGUCCCUCCUAUGGAAUUCGACUAAAA